UAAAUACGCCGCAUAACACGAUAAGUUCGUAGCUGAAGCCCCAUUCCGUUGGUUACUAUAUGUUGUUAUAAUAUUUACAUCAAUACAUAAGGUUGUUAUUGUUUACGUCUAUGACACUGCCAUUCACAGUGUGAAAAAUUUUUGAGAUCAGGAGAAUAAAUAUUUAUCUUUGCUCAAAAGAUUCAUACCGUUGAAAUAUAAAAAUCUUAGUACAAUUUUAUUUACUUGAUAAAAGAAUCAAUACUGGACGUCAGAUAAGUUCACAUAGAUAAAAAAAAUAAAAUUUACUGGCCUUGAUAUUCAAUAAAAUGGAGUUCAAUUGUGGACAAAAUACUUUUGUACCAUUCAUUUCAUCCGAUGAGAUGAUUAAAAAUGAUGUUGCGUGUAUCGUAUCAACAAAACAUAUGGCCAUCUCUAUGAUGGAAAAAUUCAGAGAUAAAUCAUUCGAAGAACUGCAUUUAGAAAAUUACAAUGCGAAAAAGUCAAGUUUCGGCAAAAAUAAUGAAGAUUUUUCAGCUUCUAAAAAAAAUAGUACGAAUGAUCCUGUAACUAACGAAAAUAAUCAGUUUAAUGAUAUUAAAGACCUCAUGGACGAAUUAGUCAAAACUUUAUGUAAAAUAAUGUUAAAAGUGAACCAGACUGCUUUUAACAACCUAACACCAUCUACAGCUAAUGAAACACAAUCAAGCAGUUUUCCUUCUGCGAGUAUUAAAAUCACACCAUCAUCUACCCAUCCACCGAAAUCCGAUCAUUUUCUUGCCAACUUUCCUUUUAUUUUCAAUACUACUACUAUGAUGUCAACUGAACCAUCCACUAAUGUAACUAACUCUUUUAAAUUUAACUGUACACCACCAACUAAUAAUGUUUCUUUCGCACCGACGACUAAAUCCUUUUUCAACACUCCAAUGGUAAAUCAUAUUCCUACUUUCGGUCCCGUUCAAUCGAAUAAGGAUUUAUUUCCAUUACGAAAUACUAAUUCGAAUGCAUCAACUAUUUCUACCUGGUCAUCAACACCCUUCACUAAAUCUGUUUUUGAUCCUAAACAAUCUAUUUUUAGCAAAACCACAACUACAAAAACAGCAUCUUCUACUUCAAAUAAUACUUUUCAAUCUGAUCCAUUUUUUAAACCUUCAGGAUUUAUUUUUAAUCCAACAACAUCUUCAUCAUGUUUUUUGAAUAAAACAUCACGAUCAACUACACGAUCAGACUCCUUUAUUAAACAACCCACAUCAUCAAAUCACAGUUGUUGGUUUAAUUCACCUCUUGAUAACUUUUUCACAAAAUCAACGACUACUCCUGCGGCCUUUAAUUCUUUUCCAUCAUCAAAUUUCAAUAAUAACGCUAAAAGUUCGGCUAAUUUUUUCCAUUCCCAUUUGAAUAAGCAAAAUCAGAAUUCUUUCUCAACUCGGCCAUCAAGUCCUCCUUUGUCUGACCUUACUUUGACAAAUGGUAUCUAUGUUCACAAACCAUACAGAAAAAAUAAAAGAAAAGAAAUAGGUGAAAAAAAAGAACUCAAUGUUGAUGAAUUUGUGUUAUCGAUAAUAAAUUGCACUGAAACGCUGGAAAAUAUUGCUUUUAAAGCUCAUAAAUCAAAAUUAAUUGGAAUCUGUGAAAAGUAUAACACACAUAAAACUAACAUUUUAAAGUCUACAUUUGUUCAAUUACAAGUCCUGAAGUCAAGGUUUAAAUCUUAUGAAAAGUUUGCUUUUAUUAAUGAGUCUGCUGGAUUUUUAAACGCUACAGUAAGAGAUAAUAUUUUGUGUGGCAAUAAGUUCAACCCUCAACUCUAUUAUAGUGCAAUUGUAUUAUGUCUUUUGAAAGACGACAUUGAUUCGUUCCCCUUUGGUGAUUUAACGCAGAUUGGAGAGAUUGGGAUUGAAUUAUCAGAUGCACAAAAACAAAAGAUUGGACUUGCUAGAGCAUAUUAUGAAAACCAAGACGUAUAUUUCUUGCAUAAUGCAUUCGAUAAAAUUGGUAGUAAAGAUGCUCGUUUUAUAUUUGAAGCUUUAAUUCUUGGUGCUCUUAAAGAAAAAGUUAUUAUUCUGAUGGAUGAUAAUCCUUCUCAUUUUGGCCAUUGUAACACAAUUUACAUGUUAAGUAAAGGUACAAUCGUUGAAAAAAAUGAUCAUAAAUCUCUGUUGGAGAAUAAUGAAUUUUAUGCUGCAUUAUUUAAAAAGCAUGAUUUCAGUAGUGUUGUAACUGAGAAAUCAAAUGAAAAUGACAACACUGAAUCGAAGAAAGGAAUUCAAGAAGAAAUUGAUGAUGGCAGUGAGAUGUAUUCAAAAUAUUUAGGGCUCGACAAAAAAAACGAGGAAGACUAUAUUGACUUCCCAAAUAUUCAAAAUGAAAACCAAAUCAGCAAUAUUGAAAUAAAAACACCUGAUCAACAAGAUGACAAUCAAGAAAAACAACUCGACGAGCCUGCAAAGGAUGAGCCUGACGAAAAAUCUAUUGAUACUAAAAAUGAUGAAAUUGAAAAUGAUUUUGAACUUUGCUAAGAAAUAUAUGAAAAUCAAUUUA